AAGUCAGUGAAAUGUCAAGAAGCCCUACGCCUACUCAAUCCAGCAGGACGAACACUACCAGGCCUCGGGUGACGCUCCAUUCGCGAAACCUCCUCGAGCAGCUCAAACCUCCGUCAUGUCGACGACCACCAAGUCCCCCAUCGCACUGGCCGCGCAGCCAUACAUUUGCGGAGGCUCGGCCGCUGUGUUCGCCGCCGUGGCCAUCCACCCCAUCGACCUGGUUAAGGUGCAUCUGCAGCUGGCCGGCCAAACAGGCUCCAACGUCACGGGCCUGGGCGUGGCCCGCUCCGUUGUGGCCAAGGAGGGUAUCACCGGCCUGUACGCUGGCCUGUCGGCCGCUGUGGCGCGUCAGAUGGUCUACGGCACGGCCCGCCUGGGUAUGCACCGCGCCUUCUCGGACAAGAUGAUCGCGCGCCGCGUCGCCAACGGCGAGAGCGCCUCGCUGCCGUUGGCCGUCAAAUCCGCGUCGGCCAUUGUGACCGGCGGCAUUGCCGCCACUCUGGGCUGCCCUAUGGAUGUGGCCCUUGUGCGAAUGCAGGCCGACACACUGGCCAAGGCCGGCGAAUCGCGCGGCUACAAGAACGUGUUCGACGCCAUCUUCAAGAUCGCUGGAUCCGAGGGCGUGGCCACAUUGUGGCGUGGCAGCAUCCCGCUGGUGGCUCGUGGCGCCGCUAUGAACCUGGGUAUGAUGGCCUCAUACGACCAGGCCAAGGAGAUGAUCUCGGCUCAGUAUGGCCACGGCUUCAUCACCAACAUGGGUGCCAGCGCCGUGUCCGGCUUCGCCUGCGCCUUCACGUCGCUGCCAUUUGACCUGGUUAAGUCUCGCCUUAUGAACAUGAAGGUAGACCCCAUUACGGGCAAGAACCCGUACUCGGGCGUGACGGACUGCUUUAAGCAGAUCAUUACCAAGGAGGGUCCGUCCAAGCUCUGGCGCGGCUACUGGACGUACUACACGCGCUGUGCGCCCAACGCUAUGAUCGUGCUUCUGGUGGUUGAGCAGCUUAACGCCGUAUACAAGAAGGCCUUCCUCGAUUAGAGUAUCCUUUAGAGUCUUCCCAACCCUAUCAAGUUCGACGCUGCAUCGCGACCUCAAGCGGGCAGAAUGGAUCGCCCGACGCCUAUAGAUUUUUGCUCGGUGCCACUUAGCGUAUGUAGACAAUCUCUUCGGGGCGAGCGCAUCAAGUGUAUCAACGGGCUACGCAUUCGUUCGCGGAUCGUAACGUAGCAGGCAUGAUGCGGAUAUAAAAUAACAUGUUUAUUCAUCCAAAA